AUGCAUCUCUACAUCCUCAUCUUCGUCGCCUGCGCUGGCGCAGUAGCGGCCCUCAAAUCCUCUCCCCUCGACAUUCGCCCGCAGGUCCUGCCGGCAGGAUCUUCGGCACUCGCUGUUGUCCCUGCCCCUCUCCCCGACACAUCUCACCGGCUCGCUCGACGCUCCGCAAGAUGCCAUCGCCUUUCCCGCACGUCGCGUACCGCCUCGCAUACCACAACCUCCGCCUCGUCUUCAUCCACUUCCGCCGUCGCCUCGACAAUCUCGGCAAAAGGGUCCGGUCUCUUCGGCGUUAGCGACGAUAAGUGCGGUGCGAGUGGAGCGACGGAAGAGUCGUCAGCCUCAGGCGGUCCGAACGGGAGCGAGGAUUGGUUGAACUGCGGUAUCUCGAAGGAAUCGCCUGACUCGGGCUGGACCCCGCCCACCAUCUCCCUCUCCUCCAUCCGCACCAUCUCGCUCUCCACCGCCCUUUCGAUGCCAAACUCAGUCUACUCAGCCUGCAAGCCCUACGUCUCGCUCUUUGAAGAGUACGGCGACAAGUAUGGGUUGCCACCGAUUCUGUUGGCGGCCUUUGCGAUGCAGGAGAGCUCGUGUGAUCCGAAGGUCAUGGGCGACAACGGCGGGGCGUACGGCCUCAUGCAGAUCACUGAAGGUGCGCAAAAUUUGUACGAGUCGCCUCGUUGCAUUACUCAAGCAUUACUGAUCUGCAAACGUUGCCGUUCAGACAAGUGCGGCGACGCCCCGGACGGCGGCUGCGCAGAUCCCGACUACAACGUCAAGACCGCGGCCGCUUACUUCGCUCAAGUCUUGAAGGAACACAACGGCAGCUUGCUGCUUGCGCUCGGGACAUACAACGGGUGGUACGCCGGCUUGACGUACAACAAGGCGAACGCGAUCCGCAGCGAAUGCUGCCAAUGCGUCAACAACCUCGACUACCACCAACAGAUGCUCAAUGGCUGGCUCCUCGGCAUCGAUGGCUCGACGUUGGGAACGAUUCGGAACGCGGUGUGCUCGUAG